UGACAUAUUUCCCGAACCACUAGAUAAAGGAGUUUCUUUUCUCCGGGACAAGGAAUGGAAAAGGGUCCGAUUGCUGCUGCCAUCUGUGUUCAAAACAUCCAAGAUCAGAAAGAUGACUUCGAAUAUUAACAGAUAUGCAGUCAAUAUUACCCAGGAAUUCGAGGCUGCCGCAAAAAGUAACUCAACCAUUACGCCUAAAUCGUUCUUUUGCACAUACGCCCUUCACGUUAUUUGUGCAUGUGUGUUUGGUGUGGAUUUGGAUGACGAUAAGGAGAAAAGAGAAGAAUUUUACAAAAAUCUGCAAGGCCUAUUCAAUAACAAAUUCAAUGCGUGCCUUAUACUUGCAGUGACCAUACCCCAUGCAGACAAACUCCUAAAACGGUUUGAUGUCAGUCCAUUUCCAAAGAAAACUGUUAAAUUUGUCAUUGAUAAAGUAACAAAAUUGAUAAACAAGCGACGGACGAAUCCGGAAUUGCGAAGGGAUGACUUCUUACAAUUGUUGACGGAUGCCAGCUCUGGACAAAGUGGAAGCAAAAAUGAGCUUUCAACGGAAGAAGCAAAUGCUCAAGCGUUUUCUUUCAUGAUUGGUUCUUACGAAACCUCAUCUGCUUGCCUGCAGUUCAUAACAUAUGAACUUGCACUGAAUCAGCAGGUGCAAGAAAAAUUAAAGAGAGAAAUCAGAAACGUUAUAGGGGAGGAUGAGCCGACCUAUGAACACCUGCAAGACUUAAAAUACACCGACUAUGUAAUCAAAGAAGCACUAAGGAAGUAUCCCCCUCUCGCAAGAAUGAGUCGGUACUGCAGUGAGUCUACAACAAUCAAGGGUGUUCAAAUCCCAAAAGGGUCAUCAGUAGUAAUACCCAUCUAUCACAUUCACCAUGAGCCUAGGUUCUACCCCGACCCUGAAGAGUUUCGUCCUGAAAGAUUUAAUCCUGACAGCGAAUGUAAUGCUGAUCCUGUGAUGUUUCUGCCUUUUGGAGGAGGUCCACGAAUGUGCGUCGGUGUUAGAUUUGGUAUGAUGCAAAUAAAGCUUGUUCUCAUUUACCUCAUGAGAAAAGUCCGUUUUGUCCCAUGUAUAGAAACAGAGCCUAGUCCACCACAGUUUCUGAAGAGUACUCCAGUGCUGCAAACGGUCAAACCUAUAAAGUUACAGGUCGUCCUAGACCAGUGCUAGGAAAUCAGUAUUUUAUAUCGCCAGCAUUAUCUAGUUGUUCAUCUAGAAACGCGUUAAUUGGCGCAUAUGUCUGUGGACGCACCUGUCUGUUAAUCUUGAUUUCGGUGACAAGUGUCAAAAAUGCCCGCCCUUUUCUUAAGGAUCUGCUCACCUGGGUUUUCAAUCACAUUGAAAUCUCGUUUCGAUCUUGAAUAAAAAGUAUUUGCAAUACAUAUAUAUGUAUGUACCAAACAUCUGGCAAUUUUCUCUCAAGGUUAUAUCCGAAGAAGGUUUCACUGACUUAUUAGGUAAGCUGAUUUGGUUUUAGAAGAAUUUAAAAAAAAAUGCCCAUUUAGCGGCCAUUUUGACAAUGUAUUUUCUUGCAUUUUGUGCAAGGCUCACAUUCCAUAUUUUUUUACUUACAGACCCGUGUACGUUCGCAGUUCCGAUUUAAGCGUGGCGUUUCCGUAGCACUUCCGUAGCAUUACCGUAUCACUUCCGUACGAUUUCCGUAUCACUACCGUAGCAUUACCGUACCAUUUCCGUAGCACUUCCGUAGCAUUACCGUACCAUUUCCGUAGCAUUUUCGUAGCGUUUGCGUCCACUUACCGUAGCAUUACCGUAGCAUUUGCGUUUACCUAUUUUCACUCGCUGACCGUCUCAUAAGCG